CUCAACGCAACAUAAAGGAAAACAAGAGAGGAAGAAGAUGGAAGAGAUUCAGCAUAAGAUGAUGAGUGUCAAUGGCAUAACAAUGCAUGUAGCAGAAAAAGGAGAAGGGCCAGUUAUCCUUUUCCUCCAUGGCUUCCCUGAACUAUGGUACUCUUGGCGCCGCCAGAUCCUUGCUUUAAGCUCCUUGGGAUUCCAUGCUGUUGCCCCGGAUCUCCGAGGCUACGGUGACACUGAAGCCCCGGAUGCCAUCAGCGCCUACAACUGCCUGCAUGUUGUUGGUGACCUGGUUGCACUCUUGGACGCUAUUGGUGCAGAACAGGUGUUUCUGGUGGGACAUGACUGGGGUGCCAUGAUAGGGUGGUACUUGUGCUUGUUCAGGCCAGAAAGAAUCAAGGCGUUUGCGUGCCUAAGUGUUCCAUUUCGGGCAAGAAAUCCGAUCAUGAAGCCAUUGGAGACCAUGAGAACGUUGUUUGGAGAUGACUACUAUAUUUGCAGAUUUCAGGAACCUGGGAAGAUUGAAGCAGCAAUUGCUCAUUUUGGAACCAAAGAAGUGCUCAAGAAAAUUUUCUCAGAUCGAACUCCAGGACCUCCCUGUUUGCCUAAAGAAAAUGAAUUUGGAAUCUCUCCUGCAACUCCAAUCACCCUACCAUCCUGGCUCUCGGAAGAAGACCUCAGUUACUUCGCCAUGAAAUUUGACCAGAGAGGCUUCACUGGAGGGCUGAACUACUAUAGAACUAUGGAUCUAAACUGGGAGCUUACAGCAGCAUGGACCAGGGCAAAAGUGCAGGUCCCAGUGAAGUUCAUAGUGGGGGAGCUUGACACGGUUUACACCACUCCAGGGGUGAAGGAGUAUGUACACAACGAUAGGGGUUUCAAAAAUGAUGUACCAUUGCUAAAGGAAGUUGUUGUGAUGGAGGGAGCUGGGCAUUUCAUCAACCAAGAAAAAGCAGAGGAAAUUAACAAGCACAUUUGCGACUUCUGCAAAGAGUUUUGAUUUACACCAUGCUGCUUUGUUUAUCCUAUGCUUUCCAGCUUGCGACUAAUUGCACCAGUUCCAUUAGAGAUUGAGACAUGACUUUAUUAUUAGUAGUAACAUCACUGUUCUAUGUUAGACUUGAAUUCUAAAUUUCUGCUUUCUUAAGAAUUCCACAUUCAAAUCUAAUUCCAACAAUCACAAUCUUUCUAGAAGGUUACUUGUCAACCAUCUCCCAUGGCAAAGCAUUCGACAGAGAAGGUACUUUGAUUUGUUUGUCUUUUCAAUAAAGAGAAGGUUACGAC